GCGCGCCCCUAGCGGCCGCGCCGCGAAGCUCCCUAAGCAAGACAACUGGGCGAGCGGCGCCGUAGCAACCAUAGGCGUAGCGAGCGAACCAAGCUGUUAUGGAGCACAAUUAUGCCGGUGCCGGUCCGUCGGACAAAAAGAAACGUAAUUCUAAUUAUUGUAGUGCCCCCCAGUGUUCACAAUAUGCGGACACCGGAAUCAGUAUGCAUUUAUUUCCGAAAGACGUGAAAGUAAAGCGUCAAUGGGAAGUGGCAUUGAAGAUGGGCAAGCCAGCGUCCUCUGCUAUGAGGAUUUGUUCUCGGCAUUUUCUGCCAUCAGAUUAUUUUCCAGCGACAGCCAAUGUUCAGAGACAUAAGCUGCGUCCUAAUUCAGUGCCCAGUCAGAAUCUGCCAAAGAGAAAGAAUGACAUCCCUGAGUCCUCACCUAAAAAAAGGCAAAAGUUGGCUCGUCAGGAGAGGGCCACACAGAGGAAGAGCAGGCAUGUGUAUGUUUUCCCAUUCUUUUAUAUAGUUAUAUAG